CGAUCUGCUUCAUAUUGAGGCUUUCAGCAUCGAUCAUAAGACGAGUUAUUUGCUCCUGUGACUAGAAGCUUGAUUGCUAAUGUUUCUGUCAUCGUUAUAGUUUCAUUUGUACAUUUGUAAGACUGAACUGCCGUGUUCGCUUCUAUCAACCAGGAAAGGGAGGAGAUAUCGAUGCUUGGCAGUCGAAGUAUAAAUUGGUCACCAAAUCCCUAAAUACAGUCCGAGUAUACAACCACCAAAGUCUAUUCCAUCAAGACAGUGACCAUGUUUUUCAAGCAACUCACAGCUUUAAUACUCGUCUCUGCCGUACAGGCUCAUGGCACAGUCUCUGGAAUCGUCGCGGAUGGAAUUUACUACGAUGGAUACAAUCCAAGCUAUCAAUAUACCUCACCCGCCCCCGUAACCGUUGGCUGGCUGAUACCUAAAGACCUCGACAACGGUUUCGUCUCUCCAGCUGCGUACACGUCUUCCGAUAUUAUCUGCCACGUUGGCGCAACACCAGCCCAAAUCGAGGCUCCCGUUAAGGCAGGUGGAAAGGUUGAACUUCAAUGGACACCAUGGCCCGUAUCUCAUAAGGGUCCGGUCAUCGAUUACCUGGCCAACUGCAAUGGUCCAUGCGAGACUGUCGACAAAACAACACUGAAAUGGUUCAAGAUCGAUCAAGUUGGAUUGAUCAGUCCAACGGCAGAGACCAGUGGUUUAUGGGGCACUGAUGUAUUGAUUGCCAAUAAUAAUAGCUGGACUGUCACGAUCCCCUCAAAUAUCGCGACUGGAAACUAUGUUCUCCGCCACGAAAUCAUCGCGCUCCAUUCUGCUAGCUCUACGAAUGGCGCUCAAAAUUAUCCACAGUGUGUCAAUCUUGCAAUCAAGGGUACUGGAACAACAAAACCAGCCGGUGUACCCGCGACUAGCUUUUACACUCCUACCGAUCCGGGUAUACAGUUCAGUAUUUAUGGAUCUCUUUCGACUUAUACUGUUCCUGGUCCUGCUCUCUACAGUGGUGCAAUCUCAGUUACGCAAACGCUCCCUGCUGCACCAACCGCUAGCGCAAGUGGUGUUUAUACUGUUUCAUGAUGAAGUUGAAAACAUAACUGCUUGGGCUUCGAGAGUGAGGAAGAUAUCGGAAACCGAUGUUGAUAAGAUGGGGCUUGUGAUGUGUUAUUUGUUUUAGUGAAUGAUUGGGUUUAUGUAACAAAGAAUGAAAAGACGUUACCAACAGAAA